GCGCACUGAUGUUCAGACUGAGUUUCAGUUCAGACACACUACACUAUUACCUACCAGGCAUUAGCUGGAUAAGAAGCACAAUGGAUGUGGAAGUGAUUUACACAUUGUUGGAGGUGCUCGUUGCUGUUAGUUGUUGUCUUGGUAAUGCGUUGGUUAUUUUGGCACUGUGGACCAGUAAAAGCAUUCAGCAGCCUACCUUCUGCCUUAUUAUCUCUCUGGCUGUGGCUGACUUUCUGGUUGGCUGCUUGGCCAUACCGUUGGCUGUGGUGGUGGACGGACGGGUGGAGACUUCAUUCCAUGGUUGUCUUUUCCUCAGCUGUGUGGUCAUCCUGUUGACCCUGGUCUCAGUGCUGUCUCUCACUGCUAUUGCAGUGGACCGAUACCUCCGGGUGUACAUCCCUCUCAGGUACAAAAGGACUGUGGCGCAGAGACACUCUUGGUUUGUUGUAGCAGCAUGCUGGCUUGUUGCAUUACCUCUGAGUUUUGCUCCCAUGCUCGGGUGGAACAACCAGGAAACCUCGUCUAACUCAGUCAACUCCACGAUUGUCUGUCGGUUUAUAACAGUGAUCCCCAUGUCAUACUUGGUUUACUUCAACUUUUUCCUCUGUACUCUCAUCCCUCUGUUGGUGAUGAUUGUAUUGUAUGGCUACAUUUUCUGUACUAUUCGAGGAAACCUUCGAGAGAAACCAGGCAAUGGUGCCCAAAUCCAGUCUCAGAACUACCUGAGGAAAGAGAAACAGCUGGCAGGAUCCCUGUCUCUGGUCUUGGCUCUGUUUGCCCUGUCUUGGCUCCCUCUGCACAUCAUGAACUGUAUCGCUUACUUUGGUGGGUCAAAUGAUAUUCUAAAAACAGCCUUUUAUGUUGGCAUCCUGCUUUCUCAUGCCAACUCAGCUGUAAACCCAGUUGUGUAUGCAUUCAAAAUAAAAAAGAUUAAGACAGCUUAUCUGAAGCUCUGGACCAAGUAUAUUGCAUGUGGUGCAGAAAAACAAGCAACUCAGACAAGCCAGACGACAGACAACAAUGUCAGCAGUAACAUAAACAGUGUGGCUAAAAUUGAAUGAAAGAAAAAAAUCCUUGUUUGCUCUAAAGGACCAAGUUUGUUUGAUUAUUGAGACUUCAAUGUGACACUUAAAUGUGUUAAGACUGUUAAAUAGUGUAUAAAACACAGCGUGAAAGGUUGAGGAAAGCAACCUCUCUUGGAUGAAGACUAUAUUUUCUUUGUUGAUUCAGUGAAAAUAUCUGGUCAUGUGCACUGAAAUGUAAUCUUGGUGUGUCAUGGAUCUGUGAGUCUGUGUGUAUUGCAAACAGUGCCAUGCAGAAAAGGGAAACUUCAACUUUUUUUUUUUGUUUUUUUUUAAAAAAAGCUUUGGUUUUACACAGUUUCAUAUCACUGUGUUUUUCUGUUUCUAUUCAAGUUCCCGUUCUUCAUUGCUCAGUUCCAACCUACAGUGCACUCAUCUUUGGAAUGGAAUUAAUGUACUUUCAGGUCAUGCUUUAUGCUGUGUGUACGCUUGACCAGGAAAACAGAAACAUAUUUAAAAUGUAAUCCAAGCCAACAGAACUACAACAAGUUCUGUCAUUUGUUCAUACUGUAUCACGCAGGUGUCAGGUCAGCUGUAUCGUAAUUGUCUGAAUCUGUACUUUAUUAUUUUCUGUGGCAGAGCUGUUUGAUUGGAUGGCAUUACGCUUUACACAUAUGUAUACUUUUCAGUGGGUUUUUAAUAGUGCCAAUACACGCCCAAGUACCAGCUGUUGAUUUGUAGUGACAACUGUAUAUUUUGUGUUUUUUCACAAACAAUCGCUGCGCUGAGAACUGUUCAAGUUCCUCAUUAUUUUGAAAGGGACUGAAGUUUACAGCUUUGUGGUUAUUUGUGUUAUAGUUUAGCCUCUUGUUUCAUUUCCUCAGAAUGAGGAUUUCUAAGCAGUGGUAUUUUUUCUGUACAUAUAGAAGUAGAUGUUACAUUAAACUUGUGUUUGAUAUUCAUGAAUACAGUUUAAAAGAUGAUUUAUGCACAUUCAUGAGUCAUCAUUUCAGGCAACUCUCCAUUCAGAUAAAUGUUACAUGAUUCAGAGUUUUAUUUGCUGAGGCUUCAACCACACUGUCUAAUUUUCCCAUCUGACUAAGGGUAUAAACUAGCCAUUCCAAAGAGGACUCGUUGAAAGCUCACCAUGCAGUGAAACUGCUGGCUCCUGCAAGACUAUUCAGCCUUAUAACUAACUUUUUUACACUAAACUUUUUUAUAUUUUAUAACCUUUACUCAAAAAGUUUUGAAUUCUUACGACUCACUGCAUGUUUUCAGCAAUGUUUCAGAUUCAGCGAUCAACAAUUACAGUUAGAAACUGUCAUGUCAGAAGAGUAGGGGAGUUUGAAACAAAUUGUGUUUAAAGUUUCUUUAUUCUUCACAGACCAAUAUAAUUGAAAAACAUCAUUUGCCAUCAAGUUACAUAGAAAUUAUCAAUGUAACACUUACACUUUGGUUGCUCACAGUCUUAGUUUGUGUAGCUCACUCUCAAGUUAAUGUCACUUGUAACUCACUUUGGGGUCAUAUAUCUUACCAGUAGGAGUCCCCCUUAAAUUUGUUAACUAGGAAUUGUUCCAUUGCAAAAUACUCCACACUGCCACUGC